AUGGCCUCCACCUCAUCAAACAAGUCGCGUUGUGCAACAUGUGGCAAAAACAUUGGAACUUUUACCUGUCGUGGAUGUUCACAAGAUUUUUGCCUGUCACAUGCUCAAGAACAUCGUCAAUUACUUGGUAAACAAAUGGAUGAAGACGUCAUACUCAUGCACGAUCAGUUCCAGCAAUGUCUCAAUGAACAGGUUAAACAGCCUAGUCUGCAUCCUCUAAUGAAAGAAAUUAAUGAAUGGGAAAAACAGUCAAUUGAAAAAAUACAACUAGUUGCUCAAGUUGCUCGACAGAAAGUCCUCAAUAUUAUAAGUAAACACACAGAUAAUGUGAUAAUAGCUUUAACAUCAAUCAAAGAACAGUUGAGUAGAGCUCGAGAUGACGAUGAUUUCUUCGAAUCUGAUAUUAAUGAAUGGAAAGAAAACUUGGAAAAAUUAAAAACGGAUUUAAAUACACCGAAAGCAAUUACAAUUAAGUUUGACAAUAAGAUGAACUCCUUCAUACCGAAAAUUUCGGUUCAGAAAGAAAGGCCGAUUACUGAAAGUACUCGCACAACUUAUGGUUGGGCUGGAGGAGAUCAAGUAUAUCUCAAUGGUACAUGUAGUCAUGAUUCUAAUGGUUACAAAACAGAUAUCGAAACGAAUCAUACAUUAGAAUUCAUGAUUGAUUGUGAUAAACAAAAGCUCCGUUUAAAAAAUGAGCAAACCCAAAGCAUAUAUGAACUUGGUGUUGAUAUAACCAAAUGUCAUUUUCCGUGGCAAAUUAGCCUGAAUCUUUGUGGUUCCAAAGCUCGCCUUCGACUUCUACAAUAG